AUGGAAAUCAAGAGCCAAAUCGAUAGAAGAGAAAAACACUUCAAACAAAAUUUCUUUACAGGUAUAAUGGUGCAUUGGAUCAUAUCAGACUUGCCACUAAUUUCAAUCGGAAUUUGCACAUGCAUUUAUGCAAUUGUCUUUUAUUCAUUUGUUCCUUCAUCUCCUUGGAUGAUGGUUUCAGUUUUUUUUUUCAUUCUAUGUACGUCCCUCGUUAUGGCUAUAAUACCUGAGCACUACAAACAAAAGAUGAAAGUUUAUGACGAAAAACUAGAAAAAAUGGUUAUUCCUGAAUUUAUAGAGAAUAGACCUUUUAAAGAAACAAAUGUGAUGCAAAAAGACGAAAUACUAGCAAUCAUAUUAAGGAAUGUGAACGCUAAAUUCGUAUCCACAAUGAAGAAGCAAUAUGCUUUUAAGAACAUAGAACAGUUAGUGAAAUUUCAUGAUAAUAUUAUUGCAGGAUUCACGAAGAGGUAUUUUGAAAAAUAUAAGGAAUUACCGCUCGAAGACAUUCAAGGCUGGGAUAGGAUGUUGUUAGUUGCUAAGAACAUUCAAGACGAAGAUUUGAAAGAUGUCUAUGCUGACAUGGUUUCACCGGAAAUAAUUCAGAAAUACAGCAAUAUCCGACCCACGACUCAAGAAAAUGGACUGGCAACGAACGAGAGCUAA